GUGGUCGAUUCGUUCAACUCUACCGCAUCAGUCAAAUAAUUCUGCCAUAAACAUACACACUUGAAAACGCGACGGUUCUCUGUCAUUCCAGCAAGAACCUGUACAGCGGUGGUCGUAGGACGCAGUUUCGUAUCGUCUAUAGAUAAAACGGGGUGCUUUGUUUAUUUUCUACGUUGAUUUGAUUGCUAUGGCUACAUUGGUGCUCACCCCGGGGUUGAAAAAGAAUGAAUGUUUGUGCGAGGAUGGAGAGCCUCAGGCACCAACACUCCCAUCAGUUGAAGACGAAGAUGCACAUAUCAUCAUACCGGAGUGGCGUUUGCAGAAGGUUCAAUCACCAAUUGAAUUAACCCAUGAUGAGACCAAUGAAUACGAUCAUUUUGAACCUCUAGAAUAUCACGGCCACUGGGACCAAGGAGGCAAAGCGUUAUUCACAAAUAACGGAUAUACGGUAACUCUGCGAUUUCAAGACCGGGAACUCCCAAUUCUGCUUGGUGGGCCACUGCACAACGACCAGUAUGUAUUUGAACAACUGCACUUCCAUUGGAGCCAUGAUGAUCACAGUGGAUGUGAACACAUUUUCGAAGGAAAAGCUUAUUCAAUGGAAGCGCACGCGGUUCACUAUAACAAAAAAUAUAGUGAUUUCAAGGAAGCCCACGAUAAACAUGACGGAUUAGCUGUUGUUGCCUUCUUUAUACACGCCACUGACGACGACGAGCAUCCAUGCUUCAACAAGAUGACCGAGGGGGUUAAGAAGAUUCAGAAAAUAAAUACCACCACCGAAGUAGCUUCAGACUGCCUGACAUGGAUGAGUGAAGCUGCCAAAUGCAAAGGAUACUACACCUACCAAGGGUCUUUAACAACAGAACCAUACACAGAAUCAGUUACUUGGAUACUGUACCCUACACCCAUACAUGUCAACAGAGAACAGGUGGCACAUUUCAGAGAACUGAAAUCAACCCCUUGUGAGAACUUCAACAUUCUGAAGAACGUCAGACCAGUCCAAACCCCACCUCCACACAAAAAGUUGGAUAUAAUAUAUGCAAGAUCACAUAAGAAGAGUGACUGACAAAUUUUCGAUAUUAGUUUACUCAAUGGAGAAUUUAAAUUAAAUUUUGAUACUAGCACUUAUAGUUUAUAGUAAACUAAAAAUAAGCAUAGUGAGAGAAAACUUUUCAACAAUUGUUAUUUUUAUAUUAAAAAUAAAAUUUGGAAUAUUUUUGUUAAAACUGACAAGUGUGAUUUGUAUUCAGAUUAUUUUAGAUGAUGUUUUACCCAUAUUGUAUUUUAUUAAUAAAUUCUAAAUAUUUUAUUAAUAAAUUUUAAUAAAAA